AUGUUCGCCGCCGCCGCCACCGCCACCGCCUCCCCUCCACUCAGCGACCUGGCAGCAGCGGCGGCGGCGGGCUCCGCAGAGGCGCCUCCUCCCCUUCCUCCUCGGUUCGGCUUUUCCCCCCCGCCCCUCGCACGGACGCCGGGACGAGCGGCGGCGGCGGCGGCGCGCGGAGGCUGCGGAGGCUGUGUGCUGCCGCCGCCUCCUCAGACGCUCCCGGCGAGAGGCAGCGGGAGAGAAGCCCUCGCGCGUUCGUCGGGUCGGGUGGUGCCGCUGCUGCUGCCGCCACGGCCGCCGCCGCCGGGAAUCACACGGGCUCCUCGGUCCCAGGCUGCAGCUCUUGUUGCCAUGAUGAUGAUGUCACGGACGCAACCACUGGGGGAGGGGAGGAGGGGUGUGUGCGCGCGCGCGCGAGCGGCGACGGGAGGGGGAGGAGGCGGGCGGGCGCGCGCCCGGGGUGGGAGGGGGUAG